AAGAAAAAUAUUGAUAUUAUUAAUGUUUUGAGCUAAAACAUUUUAUGAAGUAAUUUAUUAGCUGUGGACUGUUAUACUAAUAUGUCAAUUGUUAAAAUUACCAUUCAACAUUGAAUUAUUUGUACAUCUGAAAGCGAUACAAACGUUUUAAUUCAGUAGUCAAACCUUAAACACACAACAACAAAGUUAGAUGCUAGUAUAAAUUAGAUGUUACAAGCAACGACUUGUCGGCUUUAUUUUACACUGCCUCCACUAAAAUCCUAAUACAAGUCUUUGAAAACAAUGAAAGUAAUUUCAUCAAAACCUAUACAAAACUUCAAAUCCCCAAAGAAGCUUCGUCAGAAAACACCUGCUUAUGUCAUGUUUCAAUUCCACACGCAAAGUAAGAUUCCAAUACUUUCUUAAUCACAUUACAACUCAUGUUGGAUAUAUUGUGUAUACAUCACAAAUGAUUCUAGCAUGUUCAAGCAACAUAGUUCAAUUCGAUCAACGUCGUGUACGUGGACUAAGUCUGAGACACAUAGAAGGGAUCAGUUAGUGUGUAUUUAUUUUUAAUUUUUGCAAUUGUCAGUGUCUAAGUUGAGGACCAAAUAAUUUAUCAGGGAAUUGAAACCGAUGAGUAGCUCAAUCCAGAUUUUUUUUAUAUGGGAUGUAAACCAUGACCGAAUCUCUCCUGGCUGAACAAAUGAUAAUUUAGCUCCCGGUAAAACUUGAACCCAUAAUUAACGAAUUUAUGUCUUUUUCUAAAAUCUUACAACCGAGCUAUCAGUUGGUUAGUGUGCAUUUUUUUUCAAAAUAGUAACGAGCACAAAUACAAAAGGUUAAGAAUGUAUUUAAUUGGUAAAAAUUUAGUGGACUUAGAGUAAUUUUAGAUCUAAUGUAAAAUAUUACUCUAGAUAAAUCAACCAGUUGUACCUUCAAUAAUAUAUUUUUUAUAUAUGUAUUAACAUUUCUUAAGAAAAAAGUUGAGAUUUGAUGUGAAAAUAAGAGAUGUACAAGCACUAAUUUAUCAAUCAUUGAACUUCUGAUGCUACUCUUUUCUUUAAAUAAAAAACAAAAAUCGGAAAUUUAAGAAAACAAAUCGUUUUGAUGCGAAAGAUAUUAAUAACAUUGUUGUAAUUUAAUGGGGUCAAAUUUGGACAUGAAGCUCCUUCUGAAUUAUAUUCCUACGUUAGAAGAUGGUAAUAUAAUUCCUUAGUUCAUAAAAUAUAAAAUUCCUAUAAUUUUAUGCAUAUUAAAAAUAUAAUAAAAAUUAUAAUAAAUAUAUUAUUUAUUUUAGUAUACAUGUUUAUAAUUAUGAAUCAAUAAUAUUGAAUUAUUUUAAUAUUUUAGUUAAUAUUUAUUAAAAGUUUACAACUUAAAAUUUUUAUAAGAUGUUGUGAAACAAGAAAAAAAAUAUUAAAAAAUAUCUUUUCAAAACUGAGGAAGUACAAAAUAUCAUAAGGGCAUAAUGGACAUUUGAUUAGAACAAUACCUGUUCAGACAUAUGAAAGAUUUGUUGUCAGAGUUUCAAAAGCCGUUCCCAUGCUUACUUCCUCUCUCUCUCUUUCUCUAUUGUAACUUUAGAAGUUUCCUUAUCCUCUCUUGAAAAAUGCAAGAUAUUCAUGAUUACUCGAUGACCGGAGGAGGAGGAGGAGGAGGAGGAGGAGGAAGAACAGGGAGGUUUUUCGGUGGCGGAGGAGGCGGAGAUCGGAGGAUGAGAGUGCAUCAGAACAAUAUCCUUAACCAUCACCAAUCUCUCAAGUGUCCUCGUUGCAACUCUCUCAACACAAAGUUCUGUUACUACAACAACUACAAUCACUCUCAGCCUCGACACUUUUGCAAAAACUGCCGUCGUUACUGGACCAAAGGCGGCGUCCUCCGUAACGUUCCCGUCGGAGGUGGUUGCCGUAAAGCCAAACGUUCCAAGUCUAAGCAGCCUCCGUCAUCAUCGUCAACUUCCACCGCCGACAAACCAAUGGCACAAGACGGAGAGGAGAAACCAUGCAGCAGCGAGAGCUCUUCUCUCCCCGCCGGCGCCGCCACUGCCGCUGCAGCAAAAGGCGUUAUGGGCGCUGAUAUGCAUAAUAUUAAACUCUACGGAAACGGGAUAGAAUGGUCUACGUUGCUAGGACAAGGUUCAUCUGACGGUGGAGUUUUCGAGAUGGGUGGUUUUACCGCGUUGUCGAUUGAUACGACACCGUUUGGAUUCGGAGGUAAUACUGUACAGCAGCAGUUUGAGGAUCGAACGGCUCAGGUUGAUCCCACUAUGGAAUUUGAACCGUUGGAUUGGGGAAGUGGUGGAGGUGAUCAAACACUCUUUGAUCUAACCAGUACCGCUGAUCAUGCAUACUGGAGUCACCAAGAUCAGAAUGAUCUUACCUUCCACAAUUCUGACAGCUUCUCUUCUUUUUGAUCCACAAAUAUAUUAUACACAUAUAAGGGUUGGCACGGAUCUCAUGCUUGACAUGACAUGCAUUCUACAUGGCUGAAGUGGAUCCCAUUUCCAUGUCGUAAUGUCAAUGGCUGACGUACUUAAAUCAAUGGUCGGCUCGUUGUUUUCUCCAACUCCAAUCGUUGCUCGAAGAAGACUUCAAAUAUCUUAGCCGAGAGAGAAAGAAAGAGUACGGAUGGAUCCUUUGUGUGUUUAAAUAAAAACCGACUGUGGGCCGUUGGAUUAGUAAAAGCUCUUAAACGCUUAGAAUCGGAACGGUGACAGCGCGAAUCAAUGGUGAUGAUGUUGAUGAGGGGUCCACAUUAGGUAGGUGGUGGUCACUGUAGGGAAAAACACUUGAAGGAGAGUAGGUCCAUCAAGGCAUGUGCGUAAGUUGUAAAAUCUCACACACAACGGGAAUGUUGGGUUGGGCGGUUGGGAUUGUCUGUGGGUUGGUUAUGAUUCCACCAUGUUCCCUAAUGUUUUCGCUAACAGUUUCAUGAUUUCUAUUGUAACUUUUCAUUGAUCGACUCGUUUGACAUAAUUAGAAGAUCUUUGUGCUCCUAA